CAUCUCAUUUGCAAAUUAACCGGAUUUUCCCGCGAAACUUCACAAAACUAGAGUUUUUUAUCGGAUAACUGCGUAACUUGUUCAAAACAACUCUUAAAAUGGGCAACGAGGCAUCUUCACAGAAUAUUACAUAUGGGCAACGUUUGAACAAUGACGUGAGCGUAGAGUGGACGAAGAUCGAUUGUGAUAAUCCCUUUCCUUCGAGAUACGGACACACUGCUUGUGGUGUUGGCGACUGUUUGUAUGUCUUCGGUGGCGUGGUUUGUUGCGGAGAUGAUGAUGAUAUAGUGGAGUCAAGCGAUCUUCUCAAAUUUAACUUAGAAUCUCGAACAUGGAGCAAAGCAGACGUCAAAGGACAUUGUCCUGCCCCAAGAACCGCUGCAACAAUGACUGCUGUUGAAUCCUCUACAUGGACAGAGAUUGAUUCAACAUCUGGACCAUCACCAAGUCCAAGGGAUAAAGUUGCAUCAGUUGCCAUAGAAACCAAACUCUACAUAUUUGGAGGAUUUGGACCUCGUCAUUCAUCUGAGGAGAUGUUAGGAGGAUCAAGUCAAGGAUCUCAAGAAGAAAGUGAAGAUGACAUGGAAGAUGAGGCUGGUCCUGAGGCUGGUCCUGAUGCUGAAUUUAGAUGGUUUGAUGAUUUAUUUGUCUAUGAUACAGAAAAAAAUCAGUGGGAGAAAAUUGCUUUUAUUAAAAUGCAUUCUCCAACACCGAGGGCAGCACAUGGAAUGUGUGCAGUGGGAACAAAUAUUUUAAUCUUUGGAGGACGGGACACACAAUGUAGAAGGAAUGACCUUUAUUUACUUGAUACAGAGUCAAUGAAAUGGAUUGAUGUGACGAGCACUGGACGUCAACCCGAACCACGUUCAUUUCAUACAGUUACAAGUGUCGGUAACAGAAUGAUUGUGAUUGGUGGAAGAAGUCAGGAUAAUACACAUUUUAAUGAUUUUCAUAUUUUUGAUACAGUGACUAAAGAAUGGAUGCAGCCAUCCUUGACGGGAAAUCUACCAACUGAACGUGGAGUCCAUACUGUAACAGUAGUUGAUAAAAGUCUGGUACUAUUCGGUGGAUCUUCACAAUUCAAUGACCAAACCAUGGAAUGUCAACAAUACUUCAGUGAUGUACAUGUGUGCAAAAUAGCUGACAUUCUCAGUGGUAAAUCACUGCCAACACUCACAGAAGAUAACAUUGCAGCCCAACCUAUGAAGGAGGUACCAAACACAAGUGGUUCAGUCACUGAGAUGGUGAAUGGAAAGUCAAAUGGUACAGAGAUAUCUCAGUGAUUCCCUAACUAUAGUAUCAAUACCCAACCUACACACCUUUACAGAUACUGUCUAUAUGUAACUGGAUAUUUAUCUUAACCAACACACAAACCAUUACUAGCUUUCAAAUUCAAAUUUUUUUGCAUUUUGAGUUUAAACUUUGCAUUUUCUCUGGAUUUUAACUUUCUUACUUUACUGUACUGUUUUUGCUUUGUUUAUUGUUGUUAGAGUCAAUAAAUUGACCAAACUU